CGUGGAUUUAUUCGGGUCGCUACUGCUUUUAUUAUCAGGAGCACAAAUAAAGGAGAUAAUGGGAAGCAAGUGUAGAGAGAUAGAAGAAAGAAAGAGAGAGAAGGAAGCGGAAGCAAUUAGAGAGAUGGAUAGAAAUAGGGAAGCUAGACGAGUACCCAUGGCGGCUGCCGGAAAUGGCCUGUCACGGCGGAGGCAUAGAGCCGGAAGCUUCAGAGAUUCUCCAGAGGAGGAUGUACCAGUGGAGUUACCGGAGGCGGCGAGGCUGAGAGAUCGAGGAGGGAGUACGAAGAAGGAACGAGAACGGGAACGUGACAGAGACCGUGAGAGGGAAAGAGAACGGGAUCGGCUACAUAGCCGGAGCAAAAGACGGAGAGGAGAACGGUUAGUGAUGGUUCACGGCGACGACGGCGGUGACGACAGCUCGGAAGAGAGUGUCAACGACGAUGAAGAAUAUGACGACGGCGUCGGACCACCGUCCUCGUUAAAGAUGCAUCCUCCUUCUAGUAACAUCUCCGCCGCUUCUUUUCCAUCGUCUCUUUCAAAUCACCACCACCACAGCCACAACCACCAGAGAAAAAACUUUCCGCCAACGUCGAAAGUCUUCAGAUCGCCUCCUUCUCCGGCGCCAGGGACACCUGUCGUCUCGUCGUGGAAGGCUGCCGAUGAGAUGAUCGGCGUAGCCGUUCCUAGAAAAGCUCGGUCAGCUUGUACAAAGAGACCGCAUGAAUCAUGGGCAUCAAGUGCUAGCGGCGGUGGUGUUUUUGCCUCCGGAGAGCAAAUCCACCGCCAAGUGUCUCCGGCUUCUAAUUUAGCGUCUCCCUCUCCUCCCGCUCCUACAUCACCUUCUUCAUCUAACGUUUCUGCACGGAAAAAGAUGCCGUCGGGGACAAAACAAAAGCCUCUACCGCCGAAGUCAGCGCCGUGCAAGCUAUCAUCAUCAUCAUCUCCGGUGGCUGUUCAAGACGAGAUCGAGAUAGAGAUUGCAGAGGUGCUGUACGGAAUGAUGCGCAUGCCUCUAGCGGCGUCGAAACAAGAAUCGGCCGGUGAGGAAGGUGCGAAAACAGCCGUGGACGUCAAAUCCAGAGUAUCUUCACCCAUCUCUAAUUCACAAGCUGUUCUUCAGUCUUCCACCAUCACAUUAGCUGCAAAUUCAAGCUCAUCAGCCAUUGUCCCUAAAAGAAAGAAGCCGAGGAUUAUCAAAUACGACGACGAGAACAGUUCUAGUUUACCGUCACGCGCCGUUAAAUCCGAAGCUGAAGCUCCGUCUAAAAGUCAUGUUCCGUUAGGCGAUCAGCUAAAGAGAUCGGGAUCAGCCGACGAAAACAGCGCGGUGUUGGAUUCGACCAAUCCUCCGCCCAGAGAAAGCAACGCGUCGUUAGAUUCGAGAUCAUCAGCGGAGAAGAAAGAAAUUAAUCCGCCGAAAGAGGAAACAGUAUCGCCUAAAGUGGAAACUUCCCCAGGAUUUAGAUCCGAUGGUGAUGGGGCUAAAAUAAGUUCGCCGGCGAAAGAGAAGAAGUUUGAGAUAGAUCUGAUGGCGCCACCUCCGGUUAGAUCGACAUCGGAGAGAGGCGGUGAGAUGGAAUGUGUGGCAGCAGAAGCUAACCCUAAAGUCACGGAAGUGGUAACGGAAGCAAAGCCUCUGUUAAAAGAGGAUGGAGGUAAUGCGACGAUUGAGUCUGAGGAGAAGAAGAGAUCUCGAGCGGUGGCUGAAGCUGAACCUCAUAAGUCAGAGAGGAGUUGUGAGCUCAAACUCGACUUGGAGAAAUCUGAUAAUGUGGGUGUAGUAAACAAGCAUCAUGUUCAGAAACAGGCACCUCCGCAACAACAACUAUCUAUUCCAGAUAAAACAGCUCAAGCUACCCCUAUGCCUCUGCAUAUGUCAAUGCCUGGCUGGCCUGGAGGUCUUCCUACAAUGGGGUACAUGCCACCUACACAAGGUGUUGUGCCUGCGGAUACUACUAGCUCCUUAUCCUCAGCAGCAAUGCAGCCUCCUCCACAUUUACUUUUUAAUCAACCGAGGCCUAAGAGAUGUGCAACACACUGCUACAUUGCUCGUAAUAUUCAAUCCCAUCAGCAGUUCAUAAAGAUGAAUCCGUUCUGGCCUGCGGCAGCAGGCUCAGCUCCAUUGUACGGGACCAAGGCCUGCAAUAUCAGUCUCAUGCCUCCCACAGAACUGCAGGGGACUGUUUUGGGAAGAAGUUCCAAUCCUGGUCCAGAUGUCAACUCUCAAUCUACUUCCAAAGGCUCAGAUACAGGUCAGAGAAAUCAAAUAUUACUCCAACAAGCUCUGCCUCCAGGAGCAGCUAAUAACAUGAUGCAUGGUCCUACAUUCAUUAUCCCCGUGGGCCAACAGCCUCAUGCAGCUGCCGCAUCUGUCAGACCUAAUAGUGGCAACACAGUUUCUUCUGGUGCGACAGCUACUGCAAACUCCAUGAAUGGCUCUGCAUCAGCUACUCCAGCUGGUGCCCCAACAAUGACCUUCAGUUAUCCAGGCAUGCCAGGCAAUGAAACGCAGUACCUGGCCAUUUUGCAGAAUAAUGGCUACCCGUUUACAGUCCCAGCACAUGUCGGUGCACCACCUGCUUAUAGAGGAGCUCCUGGACAGCCGAUGCCAUUUUUUAAUGGUUCGUUCUACUCCUCCCAAAUGAUCCAGCCUCCGUUUUCUCAGCCACAGAAGCAGCAACAGCAACCGCAGCAGCAGCAAUCUGGUCAAAUGCCCCAGAGCCAUUCUCCAAGCAACCAGAAUGGAAGUGUUUCCACUAGUUCCUCCGCAGCUCAAAAGCAUCUGCAGAACCAACAGCUGAGACCGCCGAUCAAUCAUGGGAACUCCCAAGGAUUUCCAACUCACAAAGUCCAGUCUCAGCCUUUGAGUUUUCAGCAGAGGCAUCAACAUAGAGAAAAUACGCCUCAACAUAGCGAGACUGUAGGAGAAGAUAGCCCAUCAACUGCUGAUAGCCGGUCUGCUCGUUCGAGUGUUGCCUAUGGCCAGAACUAUGGUAUGCAGAUGCAACCAACACACUUGGGUUUGAUGAGUUCAGCAGCCCCAGGAGGGGGAGUGGUCGUAUCCUCGAGCAAACAUGGUGAAAAGAAAUCACAGCAGCAGGGUUCAAAGGCUGGUAUGGAAUCGUUUCAGUCGCAGGGUUAUGCUAUGACCUUUGCGACAUUCAAUGGGGCUAGUAGUGCUCCUUCCCUGAACAUGUCAUCAAUUCCUCAGAAUCACCCUAUGUUCCACAGCAUGCCAGAAGCAGCAAGGCAAGGUUACCAAAUGAUGGCAGCGAAUGUUGCCGCAGCUCAAGCAGCCCAACAGAAAAUGAACUACAGUGCUCCUUCAGAUGAUGGAAAAUCUGGGUCUAAUGCUACUGCUAAUACGAUGGAAGAACAAAGGAAGACAGGGAAAACGAGUGGUUUGAAUGGUGGGCAGUCUAUUGCUUUCUCUAACAAACACGACCUGGCUGAUGCAUCCGUUUCUGCUGUACCGAGUGGUAGCAUCGUUGAUACAUCCCGUUUGCUAAACCUUGGUUCUGCUAUGCCACAGAGUUCCAGUUCUAUGCCGACUUCUCAUCAGCAGCAACUAAUGCAGCAGCAGCAGCAGCUUAUGCAACAACAGCAGCAGCAGCAUAUGCAACGGAAUCAAUCGCAGCAACCUUAUCCCACCAUGUAUCUCCAGAAGCAGCAACGGUAUGCAACAUCAGUGGCUGCAUCUGCUGCUAGAACCAAAGGGUCGGUGGCGAGUAAUGGGAGUGGUUUUCCUGAUCACAGUAUCACCGUAUCGCCCGCGGGAGGUGCCAAGUUUCCUCAGAACCUUGUUCAGUCACCUAGUAAUCAGGUGCAGUCAACUCAGUGGAAAAACAAUUCACCAAGGACAACAAACACUGCCCAACCUCAGUCUCCUUCCAUACUGUCCCCAUCAUCUGCUGCUGCUGCUGCAUCGUCCCUAAGAAACGUCUCGCAUAAACAGCAAAGCCGUCCCCAGCAAUCGCAGAUAUCUUUUGCAGCAAACUCGAAACCAAUGGCUUCUGGUUCACCUAUGCAGCAGAUGCAAGGAGGUGCCAACAACCGAGCUCCAUCUCCACCAAUGUUAGUUGGAUCACCUUCUACAUCUUCGGUCUCCAAAAACGCCGGCGGAAGCCCAAGGACAACUGCUUCCGCUUCCUCAGCAGCGAACAAAGCUGGACAAGCUUCCUCCACUACUCACUCAUCAUCUCAGCCGUCCAAGAACUUACAGUCUGCAUCUGUGGCGUCAUCUACUGGGGGAAGGAAUAAUGGUCCUUCUGUUCUCGGAAACCCCACUACGAGCUCUGGAUCCAAGUCCCAACAGCAACAGUUGUCAAAGCAUGGGUUGCAGCAGCAAGCCCAGCUCUUCUUUUCUAAUCCUUAUAUGCAAUCUCAACAUCAACAGCAGCAGCAGAUCACAAUCUCUCCUUCAGGUGGUUAUUUCAUUCAAAGACAUCAGCAGCAGCCAGGUUCCACAGCUGCUGCUGGCGCCACUCCUGUCACCCUCUCCGGCUGCACUACAGGAGCCGUAACUGCCACUUCAGAUCCAGCGAAAGCCAUCGCAGCCGCAGCAGCAGCAGCGAAUAACGUGAAAGGAGGAGGUGGAAUGGGGAAGACGCAGCAACAUCAGUUGGGCCCUCCAGGGUUCACGUAUGUACACGCGGUUCCCUCUGCGGUUCAGGUUAAACCCGCAGAUCAGAAGCAACAAGCGGGUGAGUGAAAGAAGCCCUAGAAACCAUUUUUAAACUUAAAAAGCAAAAAAAAAAAAGACACGGAAUGGUUGGGAAAGUUGCGGUUUAUAGCUUGUGGUGGCGAUACGAAAGAUUUUAAAGUCGGAAGAAAGGAGACGGGGCAAGCCAUUCACAAGUGAUGACAAUUUUUUUGGAGGUGCUUUUAAGCAUUGUGUACAAUUAGUGUUUAUAUUAUUCUGACAAGUUCAGUUCCAAAAAACCCAAAAAAAAAGCAAAACCACUGAAGUUCUAAUUUUGAAAACAAAAUUAUUCAUUCUUCUUGAGAAGGUUUGAAUGCUUUUUGGUGGUGAA